AUGGCAGCGGCAUCAGACUAUCUUCUUCUUUCCUUGCCGACCACGUCCGGGUCGAAGAGCUCGAUUUCGCAGUGGCUUGAAGCAAACGUGAAUUCGGGCAAGGUGGAGCUCCGUGAGGUGCAAUUCCCCAGCUUCAAGGUCGGCACGUUGGACUCGCUCGUGCAGCAGAGUGAGGAGCUUGGGAAGCUUGACCACCAAUUGCACACGUCGAUUUCGAAAGUGUUGGAGACGAUCUCGAACUUGGUUAGCAGCGGCAGCGGUGUCAGCGGCCUCGGCAGCGGCAGCAGCAACAUAGGGGCCAACCUGCCAAAGCUGAAGGUCGACGGAAUGGACCCAAUUGAUUACUUCGAGAAGUUCCAGUGGAAACAGUCGAGAUUCCGUCUCGACAAGUCGAUCGAGGAGCUGAUAAAGCUGAUCUCCAACGAGGGCUUGCAGUUGGACUCGGAUCUCCGUUCCCAGUACCAGAUCUACAACAACGCCAAGUCGAACUUGCUGGCGUGCCAGCGCAAGCAGAACGGCGACCUCUCGGUCAAGUCGCUCCACGGCGUCGUGUCGAAGGACGACUUUGUUCUCGGAUCGGACCACCUCAAGACGGUGCUCCUGGCGGUCCCUUCCUCGCUCGAAUCACAGUUCUUGGACUCCUACGAGUCCGUUUCGCCUUUCGUUGUGCCACGGUCCGCACGCAAAAUAUCGAGCGACGCGGAGUACGUUCUAUACGGCGUCACCCUCUUCAAGAAGUAUGAGAACCAGUUCCUCACCGCCUCGCGUGAAAACAAGUGGAUCCCUAGAGACUUUGAGUACUCGGACGAAAUAAUCGAGAAGUUGAAGAACGAGUUCAGCAUCGCUCAGAAGCAGGAGUCCACCCUGAAAAACGACUUGAUGAGGCUUUCGAAGGAGGCCUUCUCGGAGAUCACCAUCUGCUGGGUGCACAUCAAGCUCUUGCGUGCUUUUGUGGAGAGUGUUCUCAGAUAUGGCCUCCCCCCAACGUUCUACUGCUACAUCCUCAAGGUGAACAACGCCAAGGACUUGGGCAAGGCCAAGGCUGACUGCAUUGAGAGGUUUGGCUACCUCGGAGGAAAUGCCUUCACCAAGGACAACAAAGGGAAGGUUGUCAAGGAUAACAGUUUGCAUGAAUAUGCGUCUUUGGUCGACACAGACUAUGAACCUUUCGUCAUAUACGAAGUCCAUGUUUACUAA